CUUACCCAUGCCUUUGUGUGUGCAGUCCAUUCGCCACGAUGAAGUCAUCCCAGGGGGCAAGGGGUGUGAGGAAGGCGAGAAGUUCCAGACCAGCCGCCACAGUGUCUUCUCGGGGGCAGCCGGCGUGUUCCGGAGGGGUUGUGCAGAAGAGGAAGCCACCGGAGUAUGACGUCGUUUCUAACAAACGGGGAGAGGAAGAUCUUCCCCWAUCGGGAGAAGGAGAUGACGAAGAAGUUAUCGAAGAAGAAGGAGAGUACGACGAAGCAGGAGGCGCAGGAGAGGAAGACGAAGGAGAGCAAGAGGAAGAGCAAGAGGAAGAAGAAGGCGCAGGAGAGGAAGAAGUAGAAGAUGACRAAGAAGCCGAAGAAGAAGAAGAAGGAGAGGACGAGGAAGGAGGAGAAGAAGAUCCAAUGGAGGAGGACGGUAGUUGGCAAAAAGAGUUUAUGAAGUCGAGGCAUGUUCGCACCGACUUCAAGUUCUUCUUUUGGGUCGUGUACAUCACAACCGGACUUUUUGAUUUUUGGCUGCCGAAUUUGGACGAGAAACUUCUUCCUUUCAAGUGCGCAAAGGAAGAAAAAGAAUCUCAAACUCCAAUGACCACGGCGACCACGAGGGGUGGCUCGAAAGCGAGGUCGCAGCGCCGCAAUGUGGUUUCUCYUGCUACCAUUGUUGAGUCUUCUAGUGGUUUGGAAAGGGGAUCGGGCACAAAGAAGAUUGCUACGAAGAAAGGAGUCACAUCUGGUCCGAAAGGGGAGGGGAAGGCGAGGGAAGAGGAGCUCCAGGUUCCCCAAGGUUUUGUGUCGAGCGAGCGCACAGAGGAUUUGACGAAAACUUGGGAGGAGCUGAAGAGUUUGAAGGAGAAGAAACUCACGUAUGAGUUUUUCUACCUUCCAAUGAGUUGCUUGAAGAGGUUACCCCUUGUGAAUGGGAAAAGACCAUUGGAGGUGCGAGAGMCGGACAACGAUCAUGUGCAGUCCAUCAUGGACUCCAUGCUGAAGCACUCCACAGGMGAUCAUCUUCCCUUCGUCGGCCUCGUCGACCCUGCCCAAGCCAGGCGCAAAGAAAACGUGAAUUUGGCRAGGUUGAGAGCUUGCGACUACGACAUURUGCUUGGUGGCAACCAUAGUCGGGAGGUGAGGGAGCAGUUAGCACACAUGAACCCCGACAACGAGGACUACAAGUACAAUGUCUGCUACGUUUACGUUGGCCUUACGCUUGACGAGGCGAGGCAGGUUGCCCACAUGCAUAACCUURCGGCGGGCUACCACCGGGAUUACAGCUUCAUCGAGAAGCUCAGGUGUUGGCGUCAAGUCUUCGACCGCAUGGGGUGCGUCGAGUCGCAGGAAGUAAGACUCUCUUGCCUAAAAGAAGCAAUGAUUACGAACGCGGUUAAGAAAUUGAAUGCCCAAGACCCGUUGCUGCAGAGUGCUUUCAAACCCAAAGAAAUUUGGGAGCUCAUGUGCAAGAUCAUGAACAUGUGGCAGAAGGGUGAGGUCAAAGGCCAAAAACUGAAGCCGGCAGCGAAGAGCAUCUUGAAACCGGACCAGGAUUUGGAAUCGAGCGAGUCGAAGGACACGAAAAAAAAAACAGCGUGGGAAGAGGCUCGAAAGGGCAACUGUGAAGGAGCAAGAAAUGACCCUUCUGUAUCCUCGGGUGCAAAUGCAGGUGGCGUGGGUGCUGCUGACUUCAAGGAGGCCGAGAGACAGUUUCCUCUCCACACGAAGAAAGAACUUUUGGAGAAGUUCGCCGGUGGCGUCAGGAGGGGUCAGAUGAGUAUCCCCGCACUGGAUAGCCAUAUUAAACGGGCUUUGGAAUGGAUGAACAAGGAGAGGAGACUUCAAGCAAAGGAGGCUCUUCAUGCGUUCCGUUCGAAACCUCUCAUUGAACCUUUCGUCGACUGGAGGGAGGUGGCACACGAGAACACCUCGUCGGAAGUGAAGAUUAUCAACGGCGACAUGCGGUUUCUGUCGAAGAUGCAGACAGAGAAGCUGCCGAUAUCUCUGGCUAUUUCCGAUUUUCCUUACGGCUUCGCUCACGAGGGACAUGCAUCUGAUCACGAGCCGUUUCCGGAGUCGGACGUCGUGGAGGUUCUUCACAAUCUGAAGGACGUCUCCAGUGCCCCCCUGUGGACAGUUGUGGGAUUCUCCUCGGUGGACAUGCUUCCUUCCAUUCGCUCCGCCUUCCCGGAAGUUUGCAAUGCAGGGCAGAAGCUUUUGACUUGGUGCAAGCCUAAUGUAACGAAUCCUGAUGGACCCCGGCUUGUGAGUGCCACGAAAUUCUGCGUGCUGGGGUAUUACAGCGAGACUGGGCAGCGCGAGAUGACGCACUAUAAUUUUGAUCCCACGGAUCCGCGUCACAAUUUCCAGCUCUUCAAUGAUGUGACGCAGAAGUAUCAACACCCUGGUGGUGGUGUCCUCUGCCCAUACCAGAAGCGCUACGCUUUGUACUCGUGGCUAGUGAACAAGUUUUCUCCUGUUGGGGCCUGCAUUCUGAACAGUUUCUCCGGUUUUGGCACAGGCGUCAUUGUGUGUGUCAAGGCGAAUCGGAAUUGUCUCGUGGUGGAGAUAAACACCAAGUGCGCUAAGGGCAUCGCCACAAGGCUUUUGACCGACAUCGGCGGCACACGCGUGAAACGCCAAAGAGGAAGCAAAAGGCAUCGCAAGGCAGCCCACCCUCGAAGUUGUCUAGGGACGCGAAGUCUGCCGAAAAUGAGCUUGGCGUCGACGGAGACACGGACACUGCUGCAGGAGUGGCUCAGAUCGUCGGGUCAUCUACUGAGCCUGUUGAACAUGCUGCCGGGCAGGCCGGUGAGCAGCCACCUGUUUCUGGUGAGUCUGCUUCCGUGCCUAUCCCUGAUGUUGUUCCCGACGCUGGACCCGAGGCUGAGACGCAACCUGCGGCCGAGGCUGUUCCCGCUUCUACAAAUGUUUAGCAGACUGUCCUGAGCCUGUCUCUUAUACACAUUAUCCCUGAUGUUGUUCCCGACGCUGGACCCGAGGCUGAGACGCAACCUGCG